AUGGUCGUUUACUUUGGUCGUAAUUAUAUCAUUAAGGAGUUGCAGAUCACAAUACCUUCAAACGACAAUCUGGAAUGCCUCCAAUAUCCCACGUUAACACUCUCAACGAGUGAAGCAACAAACAGCGAGGGCAGCCCCGUCUUUGAUGUGGUGUGCACAGCAGUGCCCUGCGCGGAGUCGUGCGACUCCCUGGGCGAGGUUGCCACGUGCGAUGGAUUGAUGCUGCUUCGUCAGCCCCUGCAUGGUGGUGCCUCGUCGGUCGUGAUCCACCAUGGUCAACUUCGACCCCUGUGGAGCGAACUUCUUCAGGAUCUCACAAUCACUGUAAAUCAGGAUUCCAGGAUGGUGGCAAGAAUACCAAGGACCUACAAGUUUGUUGGCCAAUACCAAUGUGCCUGUGAUUCUACAGACGCAAUUAAAACGCGCAUUCUUUCAACCUCUACAACUUUCCAAACGAGCGAUUUUGCCAACGAGGCGGUCUUUCGACGCAACUACUCCGUCGCUUACCUCGGUGGACGGCAAGAAUUAAAGGAUGGAACCAGCGGUGUCAUCGUCCUCUCAACUUCGGGUAACGGAGGCUACUUUCAAAUGGCCGCAAGGGCUCUCACAUUGGCAUUCACUUUGCAAACCAAAGUUGAGUGGGUUGAAGAUGGUCAGCCGAAAAGUAGCGAAGCGUCACAUCCCCAAGAAGAUGUAGUCCGCCUAUUCCCGGACGUUGAAGCCCUGGCCAACUACACCAUUACAGCAAGCAGUGUAGUUCCGAACGAUGUCUACCCAGAUAUAAGGGAUGGCGAGACUGUCACUUACCAUUGGGGAUUUCCUGGUCAACCUUCUUCAGUUGUGACUGAUGUGUUCCGGAUUGUUGAUGCAGAUAAGGAGCCCUCUGAGUUUGUCCGUGCUUGGGUUGUUUCCAAGACUGACAGUCUUUUGCACAUUCUCGUCUUCUGUCAGCAUUCUAACAGCACCUCAACUUUCAACAACGAAGUCUCCGUGGAGUUGCUGAGUUACGGAUGUGGCCCUGAUGAAGAACCAAAUCUAAGUGCGACCUUCGGACUGAAUGGCUCUGAGGCAAUUGUAAUUGCGCUUCCAGAAGGCAGCGAGUUUCAAGCCCUCACCUAUGGAUUGGCUGUGAACAUAAUCUUGCGCGAUUAUUCAACAUCCCACCGGUAUGAACUACAGGCCAAUGUGAACAAAAACCGCACUACCAUUCUGGACAUUGAGCCCUUUGGAAUGGUCAGGUUAAAAUAUGAGCUUGAAGCUGCCAAGUUCGAGGUUUCUGUGACCAAAUACUUCACCACUCCACAAGCAGAUGAGGUACGCGUGGAACUCAGUUUGGAGAUUCCAUCGCCUAUACUGCUGGAUAACUUGGAUUGUACUCGAGGAAGUCUCAAAUUGACGCCAGCGUGGAACCCAAUUAAAGCUCAAAAGUAUCCUCUGCGACGUGUCCCCACCACAUUUGACUUCAGAGCUCCGAAACACCUGAAAAACCUUGAAUUUUUCGUGGAGUUGGUCGUUGGAAAGGAAAAUAAGACUGCAACAAUCAGCGUCCCAAAUCCACAUCAUGAAAAAAUCUCCAUUGAAUUUGAGGGUGCUACUGGAAUGCUUUCAUGGACUUUUGUCUCGCCUGAAAUCAGACCAGCCGUUAAGGAUUAUUCAGUUGUCGUUUCAACGGAAGAUGUUGGCUGUGGCCCCAAAGAAACACUUCCACUCCAUGAUUUGGCUACACUUAAUUGUACGGCGACAAGCGGCUGUAGUACCCACUUUUGGGGUGUGGACCAACUCCUAAAAAACAAGGAAAUUCCGGCAAAUUACGUUGUCACUAUCAGCCCAAAAUACCGCACUUUUACUGAGAAUCAGACCGUACUCGGCGUCCCCUCCGAGUUGGCUUUCGCUCAUGGUUUGAAAGGACAUUCGAUAAUUUCUGUGGACAAGGAAAGCGCCUCGUCAAGGUCCCAAAUAGUAACACUUUUGCCCUUCCGCAAGACUCCAUGUGGGACUGCGAAGGCUGAGGAUAUGGACGCAACCUUUGAAUUGACAGCGUAUGCAAUACUGACGAGGGGAAAGGUGGAAAUGCCCAUUGAGGGUGUGGAAUACGCUAAACUCGAACCAAGCGACUAUGGAAUCGGUGGAAUUUACAAGGUGGACAAUUUGCAGCCUGGAAGGGAAUACAAGAUAAGGGGUUUCCUGAAAUAUCCAGGACCACUUUCUGAUGCUAUGUCCCCGCCGGUUACGUUUACUACACCUGACGAAAUUUGCAUUCCUCAAAAGUAUGCGAUCAAGGAACCCGGUGAGAGCCUCAAUUUUAACUGCUCGGCAGCCGUGGGCACUGACGCCCGGUUCCGAAAGGAGGUUGUCUGGCACCGCGUCGGAGGCGCGCCAAUGCCAGAGGGUGUCUUCUCUCGAACAGCCUCAUUCCCGGACGCAAGAGGCUUCCUCAACGCAUCCCUUAGCAUUCCUUCCAUCAAUGAUAGUCACGCGGGUGUCUACUGUUGCUCCCCCGAACCCCCGGUUGAACACUUUUAUGGCCAACCAGCAAGAUGUGCUGAAUUUCUCUUGAUUGUAAAUGAUCUCACGCUUGACAGGUACAGUCAUGAUGUUAAUCCGGGCAUGGCCGUCUCCAUUACCUGCUCCACAAAUCAAGCUGGUGAUCUUUGCUGGCGGAGGCUGGACGGUCGGCUGGUGCCACAGACUCGUCAUACUCCAAUGUCUAACGCAACCCGAGGCGGACAGAGUCUGACCCUCUUCUUACCGAAGGUAACCGCAGAAGAUGCUGGAGACUAUCAGUGCUUGCUCAAACCUACUGAAGGCGACGACAAGGCGUCGCAAACAUUUUCUUUGCGCAUCAAUGAAACGCUCACUCUGAAGCGAUCGCCGCUGGCAGUAAAUGAGGUUAAAUUCGGGGACAGCAUCACCCUGACUUGCGAAAGCCGUGGUAUUGACGAGGGUGUACAAAAGCUGUGGUGGUCCCGCUACGUCCCUGCUGAAGAGAAAUUUGAGGCACUUGGCACUACAGAAGACGGGCCUUAUGAGAUCACUGAAGGGAUGGAUGCCUCCAGGAAGGUGACUCUGCGUGUCAGAACCACGCCAACCUCUCAAGGAAGGUACGUGUGCGCCGCGUUUCCUAGAGCACUCCUACAACUCACACGAGAGGAAAUGUUGCCAAUGACCGUGGUUCUACAGAAGGCUGUCCAGUACGCUUCUGUUGACAUCGACUACGAAAGCGUCGUCGAAAUGUCCAAGCCCGUGAAACUUGGUGAUAGUGGGGAGGCGCUUUUGCGCUGCACUGGAUAUCCUUCAUCUUCUCACGAACGACUGGAAUGGGCAUUCAAAGAAGCGGAUAAAGACACCGUCUAUCUCAUAGGUGAUCAACACCUCGGAGACUUGACACCCUCUAACCGAGAUAGAGUAUCUGAGCUCCUAAGAUGCUUUCGGCCCGGCUUAAAUAAGACCUUCGCAAGCUGGCCUGGCUCAGAAUUCUACAAUCCACAGACCAACACUACUGAACUCUACUCGCCCGAAGAGAUCGACAUGCUAGUACUCACCAAGUUCACGCAGGAUCCUGCUUGCGAAUCGGUUCGAGGACACCUGGUCUGUCAGUAUCGGCGGCUGAACCCACUUCUGCCAUCCUUACUACAGCCGGAAUUUGUUGACUUCACCAGACGGUCCCAACACUCUAAUGGAACCGCCAGAGCUAUUAUUUCACUGGAGGAAAUUCGUGGUAAGCUCAUAACAUAG